AACGAAAAUGAAACUCGGAAAAAGUGGUUUUGGAUUGUUUCUUCUCUCCGAGUCUCCGACUCCAUCUCCGAUCAGGAGAGAAACAAGUUCUGAAUCUUUGGGUACAAAAUCAAGCAGUUAGAAGAGGGAGAAAUGGCGGGCCAAGAGAAUGUUAAGCAGCUUGAGGAGUGCUCGGUUUCCAACGCAUUGGGCACGUGGGUAUUUUCAGUAGCAGGAGCUUUGCUAGCAAUUCCAGUGGGGAUAAAACGCAAAUCUUUAGCACCUUUAGUGUUCUUUGGAACCACUGGUACAAUGCUUGAUAUCAUUAUGGGAAUAAGUGCCUGUGAAAGGGAGCAUGCUGAACGCCAGAUGAAGCUCUUAGAAGCCCAAAAUUCUGCAGCUGAUUCUUCUACCCAAGAGACAGAGUCCGAGAUAUCUAAGCUUAGGUAAGCCAUGUUACGAGUUUGAAUGCUCUUGCCCUGUCUCUUUAGCUUGUUUGAGCAUAAAAGAAAAUUAGCAUUUACUAUAACGUGCUGGAAAGCCUUAUUUUCAUGGAAACGCUUUGUUUUGAUUAUAUACAGUUUGCCAUGGCCAAGUAGCUGUCAUAGCAUGAAUAAGAAAUAUGAAUUGUCUCA